ACACAGUCAUUAUGAAUAACCAUUAACUAGCCAACCCUUGGAAGGAGUGAGAGAGAGAGUGGUUGAGUUAAUCAGAGAGAGAGCGAGAGAGAGAUCAGGGACUGGUGACUGUGAGGAAUACACAGAAGACGUGGAGGAAGUGAGGAAACUGCAGGAUCAAACCAAAUCUAUAAGCAACAUUUCAACAUCUUUGUUGAAAACCCUAUAGUUUCCGCCAUUAUAUUGGUCUUGUUUUAAAUAUGAAAGCGUCUGGAUAAAAUCCGGCACAACGAGGAAGGAUGACUCAGAACAUGUUCCAGGAAGGCUUGUAUCAGGUGUUCGUCAGGGAGACUCAGAGUGAGCGGUCGCCUCCUGAAGCCAGCGAUGAGGGGGACCUGAGAGACGCAAGGAUUCGCCGCUGGUUCGGGACCGUGGUUGGCAGCAGAGUCUGUGUCACUGGGGCGACUCAGGCGGUCUCUGCCCUGGCCUGCAUACUAUCCACGGUUACCUAUUCCUGUGUGAGCUUCAACUGCUCCAUGAGCAUGACCAUGCCGGUGUGGUCCAGCGUGUUUUAUCUAGGCACAGGGGCAUUGGCUCUACUUCUCCCCAAGAAACCGACCAAAAUGCGGGUUGCCGCACUCAUGGUCCUCAACCUCUUCAGUUUCCUGCUGGGAUUCAGUGCUCUGCUGUCCUUCGCUGUGAACUCUGUGCACGCAGUAGCUCUCAAGACAAGCCAUCAGCGGAUUGGAUCGCGUGUAGCCGAGGGCAGCUCUAUAACCUUCACUGGGCUGUGUCUGCUGGCGUCCCUCUACACCCUGUUCCUGACCUGGAGGGGCUUACGACGCUACAGCGCUCCCAACUCUCAGACCUACGGCCCCGUACCACAGCAUCUCGAUAACGGCACGUCUCCGCUGCUGGAGCAAGCGGAACUCGGCCUUUAGAUCCAGCUGUUGAAGAGGACUCUGUGGCCCCUGGGUGCGUGUGGGGGCGUGACGGGGGUCUCGGUGGUGCUACGAGGCCAGGGCGGGGGUCAGGUGCCAAGGCUGCACAGUGACGGGGCUGAGCAGGACAAGAGCAAUAGAACAACUAGAUACAUGUUUACAGAACAGCCAAAGAGAGAGAAAUGAACAGUUUGUAAGUUAUGGUGAAAAACUAUCAUCAGUUAUAGAACCACUUCACAUUUCUAUCUCUCAAAAUAAAAAAAACGAUGUUGUGUCAUGA